AUGAAUUCCAGCACCACCACCACUAUCAGGAGUAUACCUGAAGUGUCGUCGCUGGAGAGCAACUUCAGCAGCAGCAGCAGCAGCAACACCAUCAACAGCAGCACCUUCACGACAACGCUAUCCUCUGCCAUCGGCAAUGUCACGCCGAGCGCCAUCGCCGGCGUUCUCCUUCGUGCGGCCGAAUCGGCCGGCUCUGAGCUGCUGCUCGGUCAGGCGAACCCCUCUCUGUACUCGAACCUGGAGAGCAGCAUUAUUGCGCCCGUGCCCACCCAAUCGACAAACCACUCACUUGCCUUCUCCUCCCCGUACGUCUUCAACUGCAAUCCGGGACUGUUUCUGCCGUGCUGGCAGUCGGACGGCACCGCGCUGACCAUCGUCCUCCACGGCAUCGUCUACCUCCUGGCGCUGAUCUACAUGUUCGUCGGCGUGGCCAUCAUCGCCGACCGCUUCAUGCUGUCCAUCGAGCAGAUUACCAGUCAGGAGCAGGACGUGGUCGUGCGGAAGAAGGACGGCAGCAAGGAGAUCAUCUCGGUGCGCAUAUGGAAUGAGACCGUUUCCAAUCUGACGCUGAUGGCGCUGGGCUCCUCCGCGCCGGAGAUCAUGCUUUCGGUGAUUGAGAUCUACGCUCAAGAGUUCAAAGCGGGCGACCUUGGUCCGGGCACCAUCGUCGGCUCUGCCGCCUUCAACAUGUUCAUCAUCAUUGCGGUGUGCGUGUGGGCAGUGCCCGAUGGCCAGCUGAAGAAGAUCAAGUUUUUGCGUGUUUUCAUUGUGACGCUCAGUUUCUCCAUUUUCGCCUACGUGUGGAUGUUGGCCAUUCUCGUGUGGAUCAGCCCGGGGGUGAUUGAGGUUUGGGAGGGUCUGGUCACGCUGGGCUUCUUCUUCCUCACCGUCGGCCUGGCGUACAUUGCCGAUCGGCGGCUGCUCUUCUACAAGUACAUGAAGAAGCACAUCAACCUCAAUAAGAGCUCACCGGCAAAAAAUGGAAAGGCGAGCAAACUGGAGGAGGGUGAUGACGCGGAGAAGGUCGAGUUGACUACCAUCGGCAACGGAGAGAAUGCUAUUGAAAAUGGAACUGUAGACAACGCGAUGCCAGUCGAUCUGCCUGGUCCGGUGCACAAAAAUUUAAAGUUUAUUGAUGCCAGUGACGAGGAUUUGAGAAUCAUCGAAGACCAACGGGACAAUGUGAUUGAGAUUCUAAAGUACGUCAAACAGCAGUACCCGAAUGCGACUGCCGAUGAGAUUGAAACGCUGGCUCGCAAUGAGAUUAUAAAGUUGGAGCCAAAAAGCCGCGCCUACUAUCGAAUCAUCGCCUCGAGACGGUACUUCGGCAGCAACACCGACGUCCAGGGCAGUCUGGACAAUGUGCCGGUGUCGGAGGCUCGGUUGUCCAGUCUGGACGACCAGAGCGCCCGCGAAGACCACCUCCACCGCCUAGUGACGGUGGACAUUCUUUUUGAUCCAAUGGAAUACACUGUAAUGGAGAAUGUGGGCAAGGUCAGCCUGACGCUGACUCGACUGGGCGACCUGGCCUCCACCAUUGUCGUGAACUACGAGACGGAGAGCGCCAGCGCCAAGGCCGGCUCUGACUUUGUCGCCAAGAGCGGGCAGAUAGUCUUCGGUCCGGGCGAGGCGCAUAAGCAGAUUGAGAUUGUCAUCAUCAACGACGACGAGUUUGAGGACGAUGAGCACUUCUUUGUGGUGAUCACCAAUGCGCACUACCAGGCAGCGGCCGUGGACACCAGCCAACGGCCGGAGAUUCGUGUGGUGACACCGAAGGCGAAGGUGAACAUUCUCGACGACGACCACAGCGGCAUCUUCGGCUUCCUCAACAAUGUUUUCCAAAUUCCGGAGACGAUCGGCGUGUACCGGCUGGUGGUGAACCGGUAUUGCGGCGCCCGAGGCUCUGUCUCGGUGCCUUACCGCACCAUCGCCGCCACCGCCCGACCGGGCAUGGACUACGUCGAGGCGGAGGGCGAGGUGCACUUUCACAACAAUGAGACGCAGAAGGAGAUCACUCUGGAGAUUAUCAACAACACCCAGUACGAGAUGAACUCCAUCUUCUACGUGGAGCUGGGCGAGCCACGGCGAACUGACGAAAAGGUGACCGACGUGCGCGGAGCGCCCCGCCUGGGCGACCUCACCAAGUGCAUGAUUCGCAUUCGCGAGUCGAAGGAGUUUAAACUGGUUGUGGACGCGCUGAUGCGCCGUCGGAAGUGGAAGGCGGGCACCCGGGCCAGCAGUUGGGAGAACCAGCUGACCGGGGUGAUGCGUGUGCCCCACCUGAGCAGUGCCUCCUCGCUCAGCUACGACCAGGGCGAGUCGCCCAGUCGACGGUCGCCGGAACGGGCCAGCCCCGGCAGCGGCAGUGGCGCCGGCGGCGGCGAUGGCGGCGAGAAGGAGGCCGAGGCUGAGCCCAAGUCCGCCUUUGACUACUGCUGUCACUACCUGAUGCUCUUCUGGAAACUGCUCUUUGCCUUUGUCCCGCCGCCGACCAUCUGGAACGGCUGGGCCUGCUUCAUCGUCUCCAUCAUCGUCAUUGGCAUUCUCACCUCCUUCAUCAACGACCUCGCCUCGCACUUUGGCUCCACAGUGCACCUGAAGGACUCGGUGACGGCCAUCUCGUUGGUCGCCCUGGGCACCUCAGUGCCGGACACCUUUGCCAGCAAGAUCGCCGCGGAGAAUGAAGAGCGGGCGGACGCCUCCAUUGGCAACGUCACCGGCAGCAACGCCGUGAACGUCUUUCUGGGCAUUGGCCUCGCCUGGACGGUGGCCGCCAUCUACCACGCCUUUAAGGGCACUCCAGGUGGCUUCCACGUCGACCCAGGCAACCUCUCUUACUCGGUGACGCUCUUCUGCAUCUGCGCCUUUGUCUGCUCGGCGGUGCUCAUCUUCCGCCGGUACUACAUUGGCGGCGAGCUGGGCGGCUCCCGACUGGCAAAGGUCAGCACCGUCCUCUGCUUCGUCGGCCUGUGGGUCUUCUACCUGCUCAUGUCCACGCUGGAGGCCUACGGAGUCGUCUCGGGAUUCUAA